AGGUGACAUCUGCCAUAUCCAGAUGGAAAUGGAAGGAUUUAGGUUAUCUUGUUAUUUUCACUGUGUGAGAUUUGCAGUUUUAUUAUUUAUCUGAAAAAGUAGUAAGAAAUUUCAUCAGAUAGCAAAUGGAGAAAAAACCGAAAAUCGUCGUUUUCGAUUUAGAUUACACCUUAUGGCCAUUUUGGGUUGAUACUCAUGUAGAUCCACCAUUUAAGAAAGGACCGCAAAAUAAAGUAGUAGAUGUACAUAAUCAUAUUGUACGUUACUACCCUGAUGUGCCUAACGUAUUAAAACAAUUGUCAGAAGAAGGAUACGAACUAGGGGUAGCGUCACGUACAUCAGAAAUACAGGGAGCUAAACAAUUAUUAGAUCUAUUUGACUGGAAGAAAUAUUUUAAGUACAUUGAAAUAUUUCCUGGUAGCAAGGUCACACAUUUUUCUAACAUUCGAAAGAGUUCUCAUACUGAUUACAAAGAUAUGUUAUUCUUUGACGAUGAGGCCAGAAAUAUCAUGGAAGUUGGUAAACUUGGAGUACAUGCUGUAUUAGUCUCUAAUGGUGUCUACGACGCACAAAAAGUUUACGCGAUCUCGGUAGAAUUAGUCUGCACCGUAUACGUAGCAAUCGUAAUCGAGCGGAGUGAACUUUUGUGGCAAAAUUGAAAUUAACAAUUUGCUCGAAAAGUUCGGGCCUCUCCCUCGACCGUUAGCGAUCGCAUCGGCAUGCACUUUUUGCCAUCUCUAUCCAAGCAAGAAUAGUCAAAGAACAGCACAUGUUGUAUUUUGCAUUUGUUGUCAGGGAUACACUUUAAUUGUUAAAGUGUCGCGUACAUGACUAGGUAGAUUCUAGAUGUAUAAUAUUAUAUGUAUAUAUAUACACGGCUACUGAGUAACAUGUAUACUUUUAUGAUUUGUCCCUUAAUUGUCUUUAUAAUACAAAUAAUUCCUAGAUCGUUGUACCUUGUUAUGUUACCGAUACGCGCUUACGCGAAAUUUACUUACAUCUCUUCGCUCUCGCUGCCUUACGACUAAAUAAAAUAUAGAUGUAUUAUAAA